AUGGUGGGCAGGGCGCUGCAGAUGGCCUCCCGGCUCAUGGUCGCGCGCGGCGCGGGCGCUCGGGCCGGCGGCCGGCUCUGGGUGUGCCCGCCGCUUCGGAGGCUUCCGGGGCUCCUCGGCCGCGCUCGGUCGCCGGGACCCGCCCCCCGUGCCCGAGCUGGAGCGGCCGGGCCCUCCCAGCCGCCGGGGACUAGGUCACGAGGCAGCCCAUCGCCCGCGCGGCCCACGCCAGCCGCUGCUUUUUGGAGCCCGAGCGGACUUUCCCGGGGGCCGGGGUCAAGUUGGGCUGCGGCGACGCGUCGAGGAGGAGCUUCCUCGCCCGACCUGGCCCUCCUAGGCGCGCCAGCCGCCCGAGCCCGCCGGUCCGAGCUCCUCCCUCCCCGAACUUCUCGGGCGACGUCAGCGGCGGACACUGAGGCGGGAAAGCUACUGGAGGAUGUGCUCCAACAAAACAUGGGACUAAAUCAAAGAGAAAGACAUGGGAUCUGGAAAACAGGAUCAAGAGAAAAGGAAGUCGUGAUAAAAACUCUACAAACUGGAAAUAGAAGAGGACUUCUUCAAUCUGAUAAAGGGCAUCUACAAAAUCCUUACAUCUAGUAUCAUACUGAAUACUUUCUCCUGAAGACUGGCAACAAGAGGUACAGGAAGCAAGAUUAUGAACUGCAAAUGAAGAUAAAGAGGAACUUGGAGGACUGAAGUGAGAAUAGAAGUGAGAAAUGAAACAACCAUCUAGGAUGCAUGUGUGAAGGAACCAGGGAAAUAGGGUUUGAUUGUUGGGCAGCAUCAAGAGGCUACUUCUGCAGAAUGACUAUCCCUUUCAAAUGAGAACAGUCAGGUUUUCUCUGGAUUCAUCCAGCUACAAGAUGCAGGCACAAAGUAGAUGGAGAGAUGAACUUACCCAGUAUUAAAGUUUUGCUACAAGAGAAUGAGAAGGGGGAAGAGAGGCAAAAGAGUUGAGAAUAUGUACAAGGGAAUGAUGAUAAAGAUGGGUGGUGUAUUUAGACUGAAAAGAAGUGAGGACACAAGGAGGGUGGUGGCCAGUAGAAAGGUGGUAGGAUUAAUGGACUGUAGGAUGUAAAAGGGAGUAAGAAUUGUUUAAACCAGAGUACUAGAGAUAGUAAGUUUGAAAGACAAAAGCUAUGAUUGGGGAAGGGAUUUCUUAAAAGUGAAAGUCAGGAAGAGGUAACUACAAGGCCAGGGGUUGACUAUGCAAGUGACUAUCUGAAAUGGGUAGAGAACAAGGUUACUGAAAAAGAAGAAGUUGCAGUGACAUUUUCAUGCCCUGGGUCACAUCCCCUCGGUCUAGCUCGGAUUUCAUCAGCAGUUGUGGCAAACAGUUCCUGUUUGUUUUUGCCUUCCUGCCUUGAGCACCUAUCUCACCUCUGCUUUUCUGCCUCAGGGGUUUCCUUUGAGAGCUCUCUAAGUGCAGGGAAGGGUAGUCUGGAAUUGUGGAGGAGUGUAUACUUCUGGCGACAAAUCUAAACCAGUUGGGAUCAGGAGUUGAUGGAGCCCCAGCUUCCCUUCUUUGGAAGGCAGUUCAGUUUAACAUGGUUCCUCAGAAGGACUGAGUAGCUCUUGUGUAUUCUGGUAACUAAUACAGUAGCAUACACCCCUUCUUGCUCCCUCACUGUUACUUCUGGGAAUCACCUCUCUAAAAAAUUACCUACAGCCAAGUCCUUAUUUCAGGAUCUGCUUUGGAAAAACCAAAUUAAGGAACUCAGAAGCCAGCUUGUUCAAAGGAUGAUUCAAAUGGACAUUUAAAAGAUCAUAGUAAUGUUGGAACAAAGUAAUAUAGGAAAUACAAUCUACAAGGAACAGGGGGAGCAUUACUUAGCCUGGUGCCUAGCACUCGGUAAUGAUUUGACAAAUAUUUGUUGCAUGAAUAAUGCAGGGAGCAUGAUGAUCCUUUACAAUCCAUUCUUAAGAAUUUCAGUUUCCUACUGUAAGAACUCCUUGAAGAAUCAUUCUGAGGUCCAUUGUGUCACAUCCAAACCACACUGACUUGAUAAAUAGGAACGGUGAGACAGGUUUAAAGGCAGGUUGAGGACAGAAACUACCAGUAAGUAGGAAAUUCAAUUAUGCUGCUUUGAAUUAUCUGUGAAAGGAAAGGUCUGGAUAUUUGCUGAGAACUGGCAAACUGGAACCAUUCCGUGUAGGUUGAGGAACUGCAAUGAAAUAUCUGAAGCCCACUCAAGGUGAUCUUCCUUACCUUCCUCCUCAAACUGUGCUCGGAAAACCUCCUUCUGGGCACAAUCACUUUCACAGAUUACUUUAAUAGAAUGAAGAGGUUUUUCUAUUGCUGCACUUCUUUGUAUGAAAGGGCUUUAAUGAAAUGUUACUGUAAAUUCAUUAAGAAACACAUUUACAGCUUUAAUAUUUGUGUUUCCCUAAUGCAUACCUAAAUGGUUCCUGAAAGUGAAACAACAAUGUAGGCAGUUGAUUAACUUUAAACAUUAUCUCUAAAUGAAACAUAGCAUAUUUACAGGGAAAGAGCUGAUUAAUGUUGAACAGGAAAAUAAGAGGAACUGAUGGAAAUAUUCAUCUAGGAGUUAUACCUGAGAUGCUGAGUUUCUAAAUGUAAUGCCUUUCCUUAUCUCUAUAAUGAAAAUUGUCAUUAGGAAGAUGGCAGAAGUAGGUUGUUACUCCUGGUAAUGAAAUAAGUCAUGAAACACUUGAGAGUAUACUCAUUAAACAUACUCUUGUAUUUAUUGGUAGAAAGGAAAAUGAUCUCAUUUAUGUUUUAGAGAGAGAUACUAAUGGACACAUUAAAGACACAGAUUCUGUUCUAUUAUUCUAACACUUUUAAGCAUAUAUACAACAUAGACCAUUUGCUUUUAAAUGACUGAAUACCAUGAAAGGGGCACUUUACAUUUAAAACUUGUUUUAUAUUUUAUAACUAAAAACCAGCUUAUACCUAUAAAUACACAAUUUGGUAUAUCUGUUUACGUACCUAUGUGUCUGUCUAUUAUGAGAGUUGCUCCUGGGUAUCUCAAUUAGUUCAUUAUGGAAAAUAUGGAAAAAUUGAUAAGUAAUAAAAAAGGAAAUUUAAACCACCCAUAAUUCCACUUCAGGGAUCAUUACUAUUAUCACAAUACCAUAUUUUGGAAAGGCAAUUUAAUAAAAUAUAUCAAAAGUCAAUUGGUAUCAAAAGAUAUCUAAUCCUUGACUCAGAAAGGGUUUUCCUCAAGGAAAUAGUUGCUGGAUAGGUUCCUAAGGCAUUUGUUGCAGUGUUUAAAAUAUUUUUAAACAUGAAAUACUGUGUAUAAAACUAUUUUCGAAAAUUCAUCAUUGUCCAGCUAUACAUUAAAACAUUAAAUAGCCAAUACAAA